AAUAAAAAGUCUUUUGUUUAGCUUAAUUUACCCAAAACCAGCAUCAUUCCUUUUUUCUUCUAAACUAGAUAUGGAAGCAAUCCUCUAUCUAGACUCUUUCUUAAUUUCCUUGAGUCUCUUCUUCACCUUAGGUUACCAUGCCUAUCUGUGGCACAACAUCAAGAACAAACCCUCUACUACCUCAAUUGGACUCGACGCUUUGAGGAGGAAGUCAUGGUUUCAAGACAUGAAAGAGGGUGAUCACAAGAAGGGAUUGCUUGCUAUUCAGAGCUUGAGAAACACUUUAAUAGGAACAAUAUUCUCAGCUUCAGUAGCGAUCCUCUUUAACCUGGCGUUGGCAGCUUUGACCAACAACGCAUACAAUGCUAGCCACUUCUUCAGAAGUGAAAUUCUAGGCUCCAUGGCCCUUGGUUACUUAAUUGAUGCAAAUUUCUUGAUAAAUGUUGAUGAAUCUUGUGAAUUUCCUUCUCUUGAAUAUCCAGAAAUGAUAUUUGAAAGAGGGCAUUUGUUGGCUUUGAUGGGUAAUAGGGUCCUGUGCAUUACAUUUCCUUUUUUGUUGUGGAUGUUUGGUCCCUUGCCUGUGGCAAUAGCGUCGGUGGCUUUGGUUUGGGGCUUGUAUGAGCUUGAUUUUGUGGGAAAGCGCAAGCAGAGGAAGAAAUCUUCAUUAUAAGAAGAAAAGAUUGGGGUACGGUGGAGUGGUUUUGAAUUCUGUAGGGACAGGGGAGAAUAUGUAAAAGCUUAGGAGCUGUUUGGUUAGAGGUUAAUUUUAUUAGAAAAAUAUUUUAUUUAAAAAAUUAUUAAAAAAGUAUUAUAUAAAAAUUUGAUAAGUUUUAUAAUAAAGUUUUAUUAGAUUU